AAUAGGUACAUAGGUACAUCAGAAUUUAUUCACACUGCCGGUCAUAUGUUCCUAGAACCUCUUGCUCGAAAAAAAUUCAUUUGAGGUCUUCGAAGGCUCGACAAGUCAAAUGAGAACUCAAUGGCCCGGUUACUCUCAAGUAUAUUACGAAAUAAUUCUUUAAGAUGCAUCUGUCGCGUCCCAAGACGGCCACUGCCUCGCCAAUGCCGGCCAAUUCUUCAACUGGAGCACGCAAGAUCCAUCGAGACCACCUUCAGGACCACUUCCGAUGAGGAUAACCGAAAGUUGGGGUCUAGCUCUAUAACUAAGACCUUAAACUUUCUAGAUGAAAAAGAGGAAUAUACCAUCGAAGACCCGUUUGAGAUGUUUGAGAGAUCCUGUAUGGUACUAAGAGACCAACCGCCUAAAAUGACUGAAUUUCCGAUGGGACAAGAUGUCGUACUUUACGGCUAUAUUGGCAAACGGAAAGACUUGGGUAGUGCCCUCAGCUUUUGUGAUUUUCAAGACAAGGAUUCUAAAGCCGAUUUUCAAAUUGUGUCCCAAUGGGAGGACCCUGAUUCUCGCCAAUAUUACGCUCACAAAUCUCUGAAGGCUAUACCGUCUUACAGUCCUGUUAUGUUGAUGGGAACUGUUCAGGAAUCUCAGAAAAAAUCCACAGACCCUUUGGUAGAAGCCAAGGGUUUAGAGAAAGUCGAUAUAAGAAUAAAAUAUAUACGAUGUCUGAACACCUUUCCUAAGGACGUCGUUGUCUCCAAGGAUACUGUGUGGCCAGCCAAAGCACGCCACAUGCAGUUACGCUUCGAUCCUUUCCUUCGGGAUAGGCUGAUUUUCCGCGCCUGGAUUAAGAGACAGUUAAUCCGCAUCCUAGCGGCCCGGAAAUUCCUCGAAAUUGAAACCCCGGUUCUCUUCAAGUCGACCCCAGAAGGCGCUCGCGAAUUCCUAGUGCCGACGAGGAAGAAGGGUUACGCGUAUGCGCUUCCGCAGAGCCCACAGCAGUAUAAGCAGACUCUCAUGGCCGGAGGUAUCCUGAAAUAUUAUCAAUUUGCCAAGUGCUUCCGCGACGAGGAUCAUCGUGCCGAUAGGCAACCAGAAUUCACACAGCUAGACUUAGAGAUGGGCUUUGUUACCGGGAGAGAAGUUAUGAAUCUCGUCACGGUCCUGGUGACAUCUCUUUUUGUCCAACUUCACCAAUCUUGGAGGAUAGUAGAAAUCAAUGGCGUACGACAUCCAGUACGCAUUGCCCCCGAAGACCACGCAAGCGAGAGAAAGAGGGCGAAGAGGUGGGUUAAACCAUUGACUGAUCCAGGCGAACUAAUCAAUCGCUUUCCAAGACCCCAACCUAUAACGAUUUUGAAAUACGCAGAUGCAAUGAAAAGAUAUGGAAGUGAUAAACCCGACCUACGCAUUGAUUUUCCUUGGGCGACAUGGAUCUACCGAAUGGGACAACGGGGGAAGGGUCUUCCCUCACAAUUUACUAGAAUGAUAUCGAGAUUGCCAGAUCCCGUCGUCGAAGCCUUCAGGUUUCGCCUUGAUGCUCCUCAUAACCCCGACGUGUCCAGACAGUUCAUCAAGAAUUUUAUGGACAGCCUUCCCAACAGCACGCUUAACAUAGGCCCUGAGAACACUCCAGGGGUAUUUGUUUAUGACUCUGCUAAGCCGCUUAAUGGCUUAUCGGCUUUAGGCUUCGACGGAGUCGAGUUACUCGACAGCAUGCAGGAGAAAUGGCCCAAAUGCAUCGAUGGAGAUAUCCUCAUAUUCCACGCGCGUAAAGAUGCUCCUCUACACGGAGGCUGGACCGAGAUCGGCAAAAUUCGAACAGCGCUCUACUGGACCGCCGUAAAUGAGGGCUUGAUUCCCAAGAAUAACAAUUUCCAUGUCCUCUGGGUCCACGGCUUUCCGCUCUUUUCGCCGACCGGAGACGACCCGGGGCAAGGCGGCAAGGCGGGGAUCUGCUCGACACAUCACCCAUUCACGGCCCCGCUAAACGACCAGGACUUCAAAAACCUCAAGACGGAACCACUUCAUGUUAAGGCCGACCACUACGAUCUCGUCAUCAACGGAGUCGAAAUCGGUGGUGGAAGCCGACGUAUACAUAUCGCCGAGGUUCAAGAAUACGUCUUGCGGGACAUCCUUAAGAUGACGGAUGAGGGAAUUAGUCAAUUCUCACAUCUUCUUGAUGCCUUGAGAGCCGGAUGUCCGCCGCACGCCGGAUUCGCGUUCGGGUUCGACCGUCUUAUUUCCGUGCUACUCGACGUGCCGUCGGUCAGGGACGUCAUCGCGUUCCCCAAGACUAACAAGGGCGAGGAUCUUCUGGUCGGCAGCCCGGCGAAGGUUACACCAGAACAGAUGAAGACAUAUCAUAUAUUCGGAGAAGCGGAUAAGAUACCUGAAGAUGAAAUAGAGGCGUGAUUAUAAUAUCACGUGUGUAUAUCAGGAAUAACAUGUACCAUAAGGGACUCAAUACCACUGAUUUCAACCCUAGGAUAGAAUAAAAGGUAAUGAGCGAUAUGAGUACAAGAACGAGAGACCAAUCAUUGGAGCUCUUAUACC